AUGUCAGUGGCAACGAAUAGUGAUACUAUUAGUAAUAACAAUAAUUGCAGUAGCUCUGGCAGUAAUACAAUUGUAGAGUCAUGUGAAGAUGACUAUGAAGAUGGCGGGGACGUUGUCGAGGAUGACGUGAACCGUGAAGAUGCUAUUCGUUCGUUGAAUUCAGUGAUGAAUUUUAUUCGUGGUGGUUAUGACGCCUCUGGUGAUCCUACAACAAGCGAUUGCUGUGGUAUGGGCGCGGGUACGGUUGGUGGAUUGAGUAGUACAAAAACCCUCAAAUCUCAACUAAUGACACCGAAUGGUAUCGAAAUGAUCGUAGCGUUAAUGGACGAUGCGUUCGGAUUGCAUUCAACCGUAUUGCAAAGAACCCAGAACCAUUUUCAUGUUAGCGAAGAACCGUCGACGACGAAUAUAAGUGAAUCAGAACAAGAGACUAGCUGUAAGCAACAAGCCAGCAGCCAAAAUGCAAAUCGUGAGCUGAAUUUGAAUUUGCAACAACAAAUCCGUGCAACAUAUAGUAAUUUAAGUGGUAUUCUCAGUGAAACUAUUGGGAAGGUUAAAAGUGCAACAGCUAAAGGACUGGAACUGACCAAAGGUGGUGGUUUAUCAUCGCAAAAAGAGUUGCUGGCUGAACGAAAGACUUCACUUGAUUCGUGGAGUCGACUACUGAGAGUAACAGCUGCUCACUGGUUCAUACGUACGCAUCUGGCUCGUUCUGGAUCUUUGCUCAAGUUACUUCAGCAGAACGUUGAUCACGUUCGCGGUGAUCAGCAUGGUCAGCAUGAAGGCGACAAAAUUGGUUCAUCGGACGGAUUCAGAGUCCCUCUUAGCGACGAUCAUCAAACUGAGACUGAUUUAGCAAGUUUAGAGACGAGCCCGGCUAUUAUAAAGCGUCUUCGUGCACAUUCACUAUCCGAUCCGAUACUUAAACGUCGUUUAAGCAACAUUGAUAGCAGCAAUUCCAGCAGUGACUCUAAUGAGUGUAACGCCUUGGAUGAUGCUGAGAAAGUGGAUAAAAAUGAAACGAGGCAAUCAACGAUGCAUGAGAAACAUUUGAGGAUGUUUCAACGACUGAACACGACAGCAAAAGAACCAUCGUUGGGCUCUUCAUCAAGCACAAUUGAAACGAUUAGUCCUCUAAAUGAGUCACUUUUAUUGUCACAUAACAAUACCCAAAACGCUCCUUAUGGGAGGACUACGGUUAUCCACAAUAAAACAAAGAAAAGUACGAAUGAUCAACUAACGAGACCAAAGAGUGCUGUUAGCAUUCUUCAAAUGUAUGCUCAAAGUAUGGUAUCUACAGCAUCUAGUUCUGGUUUGGAACAGCCCUUUGAAAGCGUCGUGAAUAAAAAUGUUUCGGAGAUGACUGGUAGGGAUUUGGUGUGCCAAAAAAGAUACAUUCAUCAACGCAAGCCAAGCACCUAUACGAUCUAUUCAUUCGUGGAGCCAAGACGUCUACCUGAUGCCUAUUCGUUAUUUCAUCCUCGAACGCGUUUGACCAGUGGUGAGAAGCUAGCGCAUGCAUGUGCGAAGAAUAUGAUUGAGGUUUGUCACUUCGCCAUUAGAUCAUCCUGA